AUGGCGGGCGAGGGCUACUCCAUCAUCCCGAUAUCUGGGGAGCACCAGCUGGCCUACGGCUGCAACGUGCUCAACCUCGGCGGCAGCCGCAUCAUCAGCGUGCACGCGGCGAGCGCGCGGCAGAUCGUCAAGCACCCGGGGUUCAAGGGGGACGUGCGGGUCAUCGACUUCAGCAGCAUCACCAGUAUGUAUGGCUCUGUGCACUGCGCCAGCCAGGUGGUGCAGCGCAUUCCAAAGCGAUUUGCACAGAGGAAGUAA